AGGGGUAUCCACAACCUUUUUUCACUGAAGGAGAUAAAUUUUGAUGAUAACACUUUGCUGAGACCUCCUAUGGAAAUCUGUAAAGGAAAACAACUCUAUACGAUUGCACACUAUCUAGAGAGGGCAGAUCAAAGAGAUGAAGAGGAAGAGACAUCAGAGUUCUCUCCACCAUGUAAGGACACAGCGAGAAGAUGACUGUCUAUAAGCCAGGAAAGAGCUCUUGUUAGGAACUGAAUCAGCUAGCACCUUGAUCUGGGAAUUCCAACCUCCAGAACUAGGAAACCUAUAGAGAUGAUUACAACAUAGCUUUAGAGAUACAAGAAAUGGCAACACUGGGGGAUGACUCAUUAAAGACCAGCAUGGAAGCAGAGACCUCGUAGAGUACUUUUGCAAUGCAGACAAGCAAUGAUGAGGCCUGACCUAAGGUCAGUGGAGUGGUAGACCUAAGGUGAUCCACCAUACAUUUUCUCUCCAAUUCCAUUCCUUGGACAUGCCAUAGCAUUUGGGAAAAGUCCAAUUGAAUUCCUAGAAAAUGCAUAUGAGAAGUAUGGACCUGUAUUUAGCUUUACCAUGGUGGGCAAGACAUUUACUUACCUUCUGGGGAGUGAUGCUGCUGCACUGCUUUUUAAUAGUAAAAAUGAAGACCUGAAUGCAGAAGAUGUCUACAGUCGCCUGACAACACCUGUGUUUGGGAAGGGAGUUGCAUAUGAUGUCCCUAAUCCAGUGUUUUUGGAGCAGAAGAAAAUGUUAAAAAGUGGCCUUAACAUAGCCCACUUUAGACAGCACGUUUCUAUAAUUGAAAAAGAAACAAAGGAAUACUUUCAAAGUUGGGGAGAAAGUGGAGAAAAAAAUUUGUUUGAAGCUCUUUCUGAGCUCAUAAUUUUAACAGCUAGCCAUUGUUUGCAUGGAAAGGAAAUCAGAAGUCAACUCAAUGAGAAAGUGGCACAACUGUAUGCAGAUUUGGAUGGAGGUUUCAGCCAUGCAGCCUGGCUGCUACCAGGUUGGCUCCCUUUGCCGAGUUUCAGACGCAGGGACAGAGCUCAUCGAGAGAUCAAGAAUAUUUUCUAUAAAGCAAUCCAGAAACGCAGACAGUCAGAAGAAAAACUUGAUGACAUUCUCCAAACUUUACUAGAUUCUACUUACAAGGAUGGGCGUCCUCUGACAGAUGAUGAAGUGGCAGGCAUGCUUAUUGGACUGCUCUUGGCAGGGCAGCAUACAUCUUCAACUACGAGUGCCUGGAUGGGCUUCUUUUUGGCCAGAGACAAAACACUUCAAGAAAAAUGCUAUUUAGAACAGAAGACAGUCUGCGGAGAAGAUCUGCCUCCUUUAACUUACGAUCAGCUCAAGGAUCUAAAUGUACUUGAUCGCUGUAUAAAAGAAACAUUAAGACUUCGACCUCCUAUAAUGACUAUGAUGAGAAUGGCCAAAACCCCUCAGACUGUGGCAGGGUAUACCAUUCCUCCAGGACAUCAGGUGUGUGUUUCUCCUACUGUCAAUCAAAGACUUAAAGACUCAUGGGUAGAACGCCUGGACUUUAAUCCUGAUCGCUACUUACAGGACAAUCCAGCAUCAGGAGAGAAGUUUGCCUAUGUGCCAUUUGGAGCUGGGCGUCAUCGUUGUAUUGGGGAGAAUUUUGCUUAUGUUCAAAUCAAGACAAUUUGGUCCACUAUGCUUCGUUUAUAUGAAUUUGAUCUCAUUGAUGGAUAUUUUCCCACUGUGAAUUAUACAACCAUGAUUCACACCCCUGAAAACCCAGUUAUCCGAUACAAACGAAGAUCAAAAUGAAAAAGGCUGCAAGGAACUAAUAUGUGGAACAUCACUGUAAACUGCAAAAAGCAUUUGAAGUGAAUGAAGUUUACGAAACAACUCGUGGUAUAUUCUUUGAGUGUAAUUUUAAAAAGCUUAACUUAUGGUUUUUAUAUUUUCUUAACUGAAUGGUUACAUCAAAUCUAAUGGCAUUUGAGGUAUUUCCUAAUAGUUUUAUGAUGGGUAUAUACUGUAGAUGCUUUAUUUAAGAGAAUCAAGUUCAUUAAUAAGGAAUUAGGGGGAUCUUGGUAAUUGACAGACUCUAAACAUAGUUUCUAGAUAUUAAAUUUAACAACAAAAAUAGCUCUUGGCAAAUAAGUUCAGGGUAUUCAAAUCAUGAUCUAUAAGUAUAAAUGCCUAGGGAGAUUCUUAGAAACCUUAGGUUAUUUAUUUACUCGGUAAUGUUUGUGUGUGUGAGUGAAGAUGAGUGGGUAGGGAAGAAACUCACAUUUAAAGCCUUGGAUAAAAGAGAAUCCCAUCAGUUGUUUUGGUAUGAUGAUACCCAGCAAAGAUGGAGCUAUGCUGUAGUUGAAUGUCCUUUGAAAUUUUAACUGGAAGUAUUGUCUCCAGGAAACUGAGACUUAACAGUGACUUAAUAAUACUAAAGACUGCACAUGUAUCUUGAUCUAAUUAUUUAAAUACUACAGAUAAAUUUGUAUCUGGUUCCACAUAGUCAUGUGUGUGUGAAAGCCCAAAAUAAAGUCCUUAAAGGAUA